AUGAACGUACUUCGAGUAACAGUAGCAGUAACCAUCCUUGCAAUGUUCGUUUCUACCGAUCAAACUGACAAAGUUGACCACCGGCGUCAGAAACGAUACCUGAUAUUUCCACGAGGAAACCCAACGCGUCACCAGCUUGUUGCCGGUUUCGGCAUCCCGGUGGACAUUGUGCUGGAAUCCAUCACCAUCGGCUAUGUCUUUAAAGCCGUAUACUUUCUGCCGUGGAAUUCAUCCCAUUGGGUGCCGCAGUUUCUUCGCCGUGACGAGGAUGAUCUGUUUGAACUUCCGCAACAGGAGGCGGAACUGCUACAGCAACAAACACCGCAAAGGAGAAACUUUGUAGAAAGAAACCCGUAUCAAAACGAGCAGUCGGACGAGGAGCACAAUUGGAUUAACCGCGCUAGGUGGGCUGUAUAUCGAACCCUGGAAGCUAUUGCAGAUCACAAAGGUUUCAACGGACGCCAGUGUUUGCUAAGAAGUAUUUGCGAAUCUGCAGAGGCCAAGUUUACCCAUUCAAGUGGAAUACUCGGGGAGUUAUUGCACAUCCUUCUCACGCCGUCCACAAGCGACGAGAACGCGGAAGAAGCGGACACACCAGCAGAGGAAUACAAAAACGCUGAGAGAUUGCCACAACGAACCAGUCCUCGUUUAAGUAAGUCGGUCUGUUCGGAUAUGUUCAAGGAGUGCCCAAUUUCCUGGUUAAAUCUGUUCUCCGGAGUAAUUGGCGUAGGAUAA